GUAAAGUCCACUCGAUGACACAAUCGCCGACAAGGAUAUCGGAUAACAAAGAUCUGGGAAAGCUCAAGCUCAAGCUCACCAUCUCCAACUCAAACGCAACAACCAACCCCCAAAGAUGUCAGUCCCACGCCUCGCAACCUGUCUCCUCCGAGCCUCACGCUCCUCAAUAACAAGACCAGCAAGACAACUACAACCACGCACCCUCCCGGCAAUCACUCCACGCAAUGCGCCCACCACCUUCAAACCAGACCCAAGAUUCAACUCACAAGCAGCAAGCGCUCAAAGCAAAAUCUACACAUAUACAGAAGUGCGUCCCCCGCCAUAGCUUAUCCAAAAGCAUCUUCUAAUAAUCAUCUCAGGUUAAACGCUUCUCCGAGAACCCUUCUUCAAAUGUAGUCCUUGUCGACACGCGCGAACCAGCAGAGCUCCAGAGCACAGGCACAAUCCCAGGCUCCCUGAAUAUCCCCGUCAGCUCAAUACCCGACGCAUUCUUUAUGAUAGACGAAGAUUUCGAGGAGCGCUUUGGGUUUGUGAGGCCGCCCAAGGAGAAGGAGAUUAUAUUCUAUUGCAAGGCGGGAGUGAGGAGUCGAGCGGCGGCAGAAUUGGCGAGACAGGCUGGAUGGCCGAAGGCUUCUGAGUACCCAGGUAGUUGGUUGGAUUGGGAGAAGAAUGGCGGUGCGAAGCAAAGCAUUGAUUGAGGAAUUUUAUGAAAUGUAUUCAGGAGGGCUGUUCUAAGCUGGAAGGGUUUGAACGUUCAUACACACAAAUGUUUGAACCAUAAUGGCUCUAUUUUCAUUCAUAAUUGAAUGUAUAAAUACAAUGCCUCAGAAGAAAAGAAGCAGACUCCUUCCCAAUGCCAGUACACCCAAAUAAGAAGCUAAUUAAUACCCACGAAACAAUCUGGGAUACGCAAUACACCUA